AUGUUUGGUGGUUGUUUCAAGCAGGAACGUGGAUCUAAUGCUCUGUCUAUUGUGGAGCUUCUGGUUCAUAUGGAUUGCGAAGGAUGUGAGAAAAGGAUACGAAGAGCAAUUUCUAAAUUGGAUGGUGUGGAUAGCUUGGAGAUAGACAUGGACAAGCAGAAGGUGACAGUAAGUGGGUAUUUGGACAAAAGGAGGGUUCUUAAACAAGUUAGAAGAAGUGGCAGAAAAGCUGAGUUUUGGCCAUUUCCAUAUGAUGAUGAAUACUAUCCCUACGCAGCUCAGUAUUUGGAUGAAUCGAAUUUCAGUUCUUCCUAUAAUUACUACAUGCAUGGACAAAAUGAGAGUAUUCAUGGAUACUUCCCUGCACUUCCUUUUCCCACUACGAUCGAUGAUAAGAUUACCUACAGUUUCAGCGAAGAAAAUGUUAAUGCAUGCACCAUUAUGUGA